AUGAAUUCAGUCAAAGAACAGAAAUGCGUUACAAGAAACAGGAAGGAGCGCAAUCGUCAAUCUCAAGCAGCAUUUCGGUUUCGACGAAAAAAAUACAUUAAGGAAUUAGAAGAAUCCAUUAUGCGCAUGAACAAUUCAAACAAAAGGUUAAAUCAAGAACUUGAAAGAACUGUUCAUCGUGCAGAAAAGGCAGAAAGACAGUGUCUAGAGUUGUAUGAAGAACUUCAUUCUUUAAGAAAACUAACGAAUAGACUUUUUGAAGAAAAUAAGCAACUAACACAGUACUGCUCUUCAAUGACAGCCAAUCCUUUGUUUAUUAGUCAUAAUAUGGUAUCAAAUGACCACAUAGGCAAGUCUUUUAAAUAA